UGAGCUUGCCGAAUGUCGUGUUCUCUCAUCCAUCUUAUUAUGCUUCCAAAAUACCUGUCGUUAUGCUUUCCUAAACUAGUGUCCUGACACGUAUAUGCUAGUCGUCCUUCGGUAAUAUCGUCCUUCGGUAAUAUCUUCCAUCGGGUCUGUGUCCGGAUAUUCCAUUCUUCCUCUCGACUAGAAGGCGAGAAACGUUUGCCACUCUAUUCCCGCACAAUCUGCUCAUUCUGGCCCGUCUCGAAGGGGUCAUCCAACAACCUAGGACACAAAGUGUGGCCAAGACGACGCAGAAGGCAAGAUGGCCUUCAGCGACGAUUCGGUAUUAUCCAGGCUCUCGUCUCUCAAUGAAAGCCACGACAGCAUUGCGACUGCAGCUCAAUGGAUUAUGUUCCAUAGGCGACAUGCUGAACGAACAGCCCAUAUUUGGCUUCAGAGAUUGAGAGAUUCGUCCAGCAUCAGGCGCUUGAGCUUGAUUUACCUCGCUAAUGAGGUCACCCAACAGUCAAAGGCACGGCACAGGCAGGAUUUCGUGAUGGCCUUCUCGCCCAUCAUUGCCGAAGCUCUGGCUGUUGCUUACAAGGGGGCCCCUUCUGAUAUCCAAGCAAAGCUCAGGCGGGUCGUUGAAGUCUGGGCCGACAGAUCCAUUUUCGAUCCAGCUAUACAGGCGGCCAUCGAAGCAAGGCUACAAGACGUAGAAAAGUCGAAGGCGGGAAGUAAUGGGGCUUUCGGUUCUACUACCGGCUCGAUUCCGCCGGAGCUGUCUCCCCUUCUAACGGUGUAUGGUAAAGUCGAGAAAACCCGGCUGCCAGCGAAGUCGAGUACAGAUUCUGCAGAUCAUGACUGGGACAAUCUUCGGGGACGCGAUUCUCCCAUUCCAUCCGCUCCAGUCUACGCUGCACGACUGAACGGCCUCGUUCGGAGCCUAGCGACCGCUGAGGUUGCAGUAAGGGAGUCCAUUCAGGCUCGGAUGAGCCUCAUUGAAGAACUCGAGAAGCUACUUGGUUCCCACCGGGAGGCCCUCAUCACGGACGAAGCCAAGCUCAGCACAUUGGCCACUCGGAAAGCCGAAAUCGAAAGCAAAAAGCAGGAGAUCGAAAUCGCCAUUAUGCGCACGCUUCCCGUUCCAGAAAACCGGCAGGUAUCGCCUGAUGGUCCCGCUGACAGUCCUCUGGCUGAGCCAGAACGACCCGAGAUAGAGGAGCUUACCCCACCUCCGCUCGAUCCUGGGCCAGUUGAGCCGACAUCAAUAGGUCAUGCAGGCGCAGAGGUACCAGAGUUCCGUUCAAAAUUUGACAACGACAACGGUCCGCAGGUUCAAACUCAAGAUGCAAAACACCAAGGACCUGUCACCUCUGGCAUUGAGAUGUUAUCAAACCUUGCCAGUCACUACAAGGCUUUGCCGACUUCCAUCAACGGCUCCAAGAAACGUAGGCUAGACGAGGGGACUGAGAUUCCGGACCUUCAGACAGACAACGGCAUUGAACCCGGCGUCGCGGAGAUGCUUCGAGAAUAUAAUACCAAACCAUGACCAGAACAUCUGGCAUAUAGCGAGUGAAUAUUAGCACUGAUUCUUCUCUGCACAUACAUAGGCUGCCAUGUUAUUAUAUAUAGUAUUGCCAAGGAAGAUGCUAUUAUACCGGGGAAAAGGUACAAUGUAACGGAUAAUGCUAUUAGGGCUUAAUAGUCGUAUUUUAAAAAGACUUUAACUUAGUACUAAUAUAGCGAUCUAGUCUUGCCGAGC